AUAUAUUAUCAGCUGUUCAGCAACAACAGCAGGCGGUAGCGACGACAACUACAACAAAACAACUAGAUUGUAAUCAAGCUGUUAACAGUUAUUAGCGAGCUACCAAAAAAAAAAUCGGCGCAGUUCCAAUGCGCCCAACGAACGGUAAACAGCAAUUCAAGGAGAGCCCAUAGAGAGAGACAGAAAAACGGUGAAGGUCGCGCGGCGAAUGCUAUGCGGUAGAGGGAGAGAGAGAGAGAGAUAAUUGAUUCGCAGCGAAACGAGGCAGAAACAAAACAAAUCGAGAUCCGUCACCAAACCGGAUUAACCAGCAUCUGCAUCUCGUGUCUCCCGCGGAUUAGAAUAUCUCCCACUGUGAAGAUAUGGCUAUCAAUAUGAAGGCCCUGCUGGGCAUGCUGUUCGUGUUCAUCGGCUGCUGCAGCAACGUGGUCUUCCUGGAGCUGAUCAUUCAGAUCGAUCCGGGAGCGGGUAACCUGAUCACCUUCGCCCAGUUCCUGUUCAUCGCCUUGGAGGGUCUCGUCUUCACGUCCAAGUUCUUUACGGUGCGCCCAAAGAUCGCACUCAAGGACUACGUUAUCCUGGUGGCCCUGUUCUUUGGGGCGAACGUUUGCAACAACUAUGCGUUCAACUUUAAUAUACCCAUGCCGCUGCACAUGAUCUUCCGCAGCGGCUCCCUGAUGGCCAACAUGAUCAUGGGCAUUGUGCUGCUGAAGAAGCGCUACAAUUUGCGGCAAUACAGCUCCGUGGCCAUGAUCACGGCGGGCAUAAUACUCUGCACUUUGGUCUCCAGCGGCGACGUCAAGGAUAACACACAUCAUAGUCUCAAAGUGGAUACCUCGUACUCGGACUUCUUCUGGUGGUCCGUGGGCAUUGGCCUGCUGACCAUCGCCCUGCUGGUCACCGCCUAUAUGGGCAUUUACCAGGAGGUGAUAUACAAGAAGUACGGCAAGCAUCCCAGCGAGGCGCUCUUCUUCACGCACAUGCUGCCCCUGCCGGGAUUCCUCAUAAUGGCAGGGAAUAUAGUCCAGCACUUUGGCAUUGCCUGGUCCUCGGAACAGGUGGCGGUGCCCCUUCUCGGAGCCCUUGGAUUGGAGUGGAAAUUUCCGCUGAUGCUGUUCUAUCUGCUGUGCAAUGUGGUCACCCAGUAUGUUUGCAUCAGCGCCGUCUACGUGCUGACCACCGAAUGUGCCUCGCUGACCGUCACCUUGGUGGUCACCCUGCGCAAGUUCGUCUCGCUGCUGUUCUCCAUCAUCUACUUCCGGAAUCCCUUCACCCUCAACCAUUGGCUGGGCACCAUCCUGGUCUUCUUCGGCACCAUACUCUUCGCCAACGUGAUCAACCAGGUGAGGGACGCCUAUCGGCAGAGGAAGAGCGGAAAGGGACGCUUCGACACGGCGCCGCUGGCCAAGAAGGUGGAGUAAUCCCAUCCAAGGGGCUGUGCUGGAUCCAUCUGCUGCAGAGGCCAUUAGCCAUUAGUUUGUUUGUACAUAGAAUACGCUUAGUGUGUCUUGUUUGUAAUCCCUGAGAAUAUACAUUUUUAAUUGUUCUUUUUUUUUUUAA